GACCCCGUCGCGACCGCGUCCCCUCGGGUCCUUGAGCCGGCCCCGACCGCUAGCCAUGGCCUUGAGGCUGCUGAGACUGGUCCCGGCGUCCGUGUCCGCGCGGGGCCUCGCGGCGGUCACCCAGCGCGUGGGCGGCAUUCAUACAAGUGUACAGUGCAAGCUGCAGUAUGGCCCUUUGGCAUACAUACUUGGGGACCGAACAACCAAAAAACUGACAGAACGCAGCAAAAUGAUAACUGUAGAUGGCAAUAUAUGUUCUGGAAAAGGCAAGCUUGCGAAAGAAAUAGCAGAGAAACUAGGCUUAAAGCACUUUCCUGAAGCAGGAAUACAUUAUGCAGACAGCACUACAGGGGAUGGAAAACCCCUGGACGUGGAGCUCAGUGGCAACUGCAGUCUGGAGAAGUUCUAUGAUGACCCGAAAAGCAAUGAUGGCAACAGCUACCGCCUGCAGUCCUGGUUGUACGCCAGUCGCCUCCUGCAGUAUGCGGACGCCUUGGAGCACUUGCUGAGCACAGGACAAGGUGUCGUAUUGGAACGCUCCAUCUACAGCGACUUUGUCUUCUUGGAGGCGAUGUAUAACCAGGGGUUCAUCCGAAAGCAGUGUGUGGACCACUACAAUGAGGUGAAGAAGGUCACCAUCUGCGAGUACCUGCCUCCUCACGUGGUGAUCUAUGUCGAUGUGCCCGUCCCCGAGAUCCAGAGUCGGAUCCAGAAGAGAGGAAACCCACACGAAAUGAAGAUCACCUCCGCCUAUCUUCAGGACAUCGAGAAUGCCUAUAAGAAAACCUUCCUUCCUGAAAUGAGUGAAAAAUGUGAGGUUUUACAGUAUAGUGCGAGGGAAGCUCAAGAUGCAGAAAAGGUGGUAGAGGAUGUUGAAUACCUCAAGUAUGACAAGGGGCCGUGGCUCGACCAAGAUGACCGGACUUUUCACCGUCUGCGGAUGCUGGUUCAGAAUAAGUUGGAGGUGCUGAAUUACACAACCAUUCCUGUCUAUCUCCCAGAAGUCACCAUUGGAGCUCACCAGAGUGACCGCGUCUUCCAUAAAUUCACAGAGCUGCCAGGCCGAAAGUACUGCCCUGGGUACAAUGCAGACGUGGGCGACAAGUGGAUCUGGCUCAAGUGACCGACCGCCUGCUGCUAAAGCUGCGUCGCAACGAUGAAGAAGCUGCCAGUCUGCCCGGCUCUCCUGGACGCCUUUAAAAUCAGGGGGAAAGUAAAUGAUCCAAAACUUGAACAGUAGAAGGAAAGGCCUAGCAAAAAGCAGUCUGCCCUGUAGUGUAGUUAAGGGUGUGGAAGGAAACUGCCGUCCCAAAGCAUUUGGAACCUUCUAGCUUGAUUUUGGAAUGAUCCGUAAUUAUCACUGAAAAAAAGAGAGAAGAGAGUCUGCUGUGAAAGACCGGAUAAACUAGAAGAAUUUCAUUUCCUCCCAGAUGGGUCCUGUGUCAUGCACAUUUUGUACAUUGUUUCUUCACACCUCAAGAAAUAAAAGUUCCUGUGGCACUUC